AUGUCGAUAUUUGGAGUUUUAAUUUGGUUGUCAUUCGCUUUCCUGAAAGUGAAAAGUCUGCUUCACCCUUAUCCUCAUUCAAGCGCGUACUCCAAAAUUGCUUCGCUGUGGAAACAGCCCUUAGAUGCAGUUCCCCUAAUCACCUACUCUUCCUACUCGGAGUCCAACAACGACAUUGCGCCUCUUCCUUGCCACUCUCAUAACGACUACUGGCGGAAGGUCCCGCUUUUUGAGGCCUUAUCCUACGGCUGCGCCAGCGUCGAAGCCGACAUCUAUCUCUCGGACGAACCGAUCCACGAUGGCAUCAAGAAUAUCGACCUGUACGUCGGCCACGAGCGCAGCGCUCUCGAUCCGGACCGAACGUUGACCAGCCUCUACCUCGCUCCGCUGUUCCGCAUCCUCUACGAACAAACCUCGCCCGUCAACGAUGCCCCGCAGGGAGUCUUCCAGUCAUCCCCGUCGACCCCGCUCGUCCUUUUGGUAGACUUCAAACCCUCGGAGAACUCGUCUGCGGUCUGGCACGCGUUGGAUCUACACAUGACUACUUUUCGGGGCCUGGGUUGGCUGACCCGUUGGGAUCGCGAGAAGAACAAGCGGGUUCCGGGGCUGCUGACCAUCGUCGCGACUGGUGACGCGCCGUUUGAGGAAAUUGCCGCGGCGCCGGAUGGGGAUGUGUUUUAUGAUGCGCCGUUGGAAAAGCUGGCUACAGAUGAUCGAUACAACGCGUCAAACUCCUAUUACGCAAGCGCUUCACUCAGCACUUUGGUGGGGAAAAUCGGUCUGGGCCACAGCUUGAGUGACGCACAGAUGGAAGAACUGAAGAGCGCUGUUGGUUUCGCGAAGGAGAAGGACUUGAUGGUCAGAGCUUGGGAUAUACCAAAUUGGCCAGUGGCAACAAGGAACAAGAUCUGGGAACAAUUGCUUGAGGCGGGUGUUGAUGUUUUGAAUCUGGAUGACUUUGGGACCGCGACGAGUAAGGAUUGGCGUUUGUGCAAGAUCGGGGGUAUUGAAUUGUGCACAUAA